CCACAUCCUGCCAUUUACUUGCGCUUGCGCAGUCCUGCGAGUCUGACCUUCAUCGAAGUAAUUAUGUUCGCCAGGACCAGCGCGUUGGUGUUCCUCCCACAAUGUGGGCAGGUCAGGAACAUGGCUACCUUGAAAGACAUCACCAUCCGUUUGAAGUCCAUCAAGAACAUCCAAAAGAUCACCAAGUCCAUGAAGAUGGUGGCCGCUGCUAAGUAUGCCCGCGCUGAGAGGCAGCUGAAGCCCGCCCGCGUCUAUGGAAAUGGUGCUGUGGCCCUGUACGAGAAGGCUGAGAUCAAGGCCCCGGAGGGAGUGGCCAACAAGCACCUCCUGAUCGGUGUGUCUUCUGACCGUGGUCUCUGUGGCGCCGUCCAUUCCAAUGUGGCCAAGGCCAUCAAGGCCAAGAUUGCAAACCUCACCGGCGAGGGCAAGGAGGUGAUGGUAGUCAAUGUGGGGGACAAGCUGAGGAACAUCCUGCAGAGGACACAUGGCAAUUACCUGCUGCUCAGCUGCAAAGAGGUGGGCCGCAAGCCCCCCACCUUUACCGACGCUUCCAUCGUCGCCACAGAGCUGCUCAACAUGGGCUACGAGUUUGACCAGGGUGCUGUAAUCUACAACAGAUUCAGGUCUGUGAUCUCCUACAAGACUGACGAGAAGCCCAUCUUCUCCAUUGAUACUGUUGCUAAUUCAGAGAACAUGGGCAUCUAUGAUGACAUUGAUGCUGACGUGCUGAGGAACUACCAGGAGUUUGCCCUGGUCAACAUCAUCUACUUUGGUCUGAAGGAGUCCACAACCAGCGAGCAGAGUGCCAGGAUGACCGCUAUGGACAGCGCCAGCAAGAACGCCUCUGAAAUGAUUGAUAAGCUGACCCUCACCUUCAACCGUACUAGGCAGGCUGUCAUCACCAAGGAGCUCAUUGAGAUCAUCUCUGGAGCUGCUGCCCUAUAAAUGGACGAGGUCCUCCUGCCAUCCAUCGCCAGUGGUUCUGGAUUACAUGCUUCUAAAUAUUUCAAACGGCUGUCGUCGAGAGUUUAUGAACAUUUGUGCUUCUAUUUGUAAAAUAUAUGGGGGAAAAAUGUACCUCUUACAGAGAAACAUGUUCCCUUCAGAUGUCCUCCUAGUUCCACUCACAAUAAAUCCUACUUGUGACCAUGAAAAAGAUGUGUUGAGAUGUUUGAACAUAAACCUAGGCUACAAUUUUA